AUGGCGUCGCGGGCAGGAUCGACCAAGAAGCAAAACGGCAAGGAUCAAGAGGUGAAGCCCGAACGGGCAGAGGAGAUGAAGUCUGAGACUAGCGCCGCGAUGGGCGUCAACGAAAUGAUCGGCCAAUUUUUGUCGAAACUUAUCACAGGCGACUCGUUCCGACUGGAGACGGUUCCACCACUCCCGCCACCCGAAAAGUUCACUCUCGGCGGAAACUAUCCCCGUUGGGAAGUUCAGGCUCGUGCUUACGCGCAGAAGUUCCCCGAGUCGGAAAGAAAAGUGGCAAUUUUAGGCCUGUUGGCCGGUGAAGCGGCCGAUAGGGCUUUUCAGUCGAGUGCAUUCGAGGAGGAGGAUCUCGAUGGGGUUUUUCGAAAACUGCGAUGCCUCCUUGAUACCCCACUUCACCCAAUCGAGUACCAGUCACAAUUCCACUCGGCACGCCAGAACAUCGGGGAGACCGUAGAGGCAUACGCGUACCGCGUCAAGCAACUGGUGUCGAAGGCUUUUCCCGACGACAACAGCGAAGCCCAGGAUAAGCGUGCUGUGGAACGCUUUGUAGAAGGAGUCAGUGGUGCGUCGGUAAAAAAAGCGCUGAUUACAAAAUCGCCUAAAAGCCUCAGCGAAGCUGUUGCUCUGGCAGGAGAAACGGAGAAGCUACAGCGAGCUGUUCAUGGAGCAGAGAGCCUCUGCUUGACCUUGCACCACCAAGGACGCCAGCAGCGAGAACCAAUCCGGAGACCGUGGGGGCCAAGGCCUCGCCAAGGACCGACUAGCGGUGAAUACCGCUACAACGACUAUCGACGAAGAUGGAGUGCUCGAAGCGAUGAACUGAUCCCUCCCAGCGGGCAAAACCACAGGGGGAGCUCCUCACACCCGGUGGCCAAGGGCGACCCAGCGGACCACGCCCUGGGAUGGACCCAUACCAUGGCCGACUACGCGGGGCAAAUGGAAGUACAAUCCGAACGGUUGGCGCUGUACUCCUCACAGUACAGUUCGAUGGCGUUAUCGUUAAACACCAAUUCGUGGUCGCAGAGAAAUUGA